AAAAGAGCGCUGAGGAUGUGGCGCUUUUCUUCACGAGGGGUGUGCUUGAGCAAUCCUUGAUUGACAGGUCGAAUUCAAAACAAUUCAAAGCCCCUCCCCGUGCAGAUCCUCUGAGGAACUGACCAAUCGUGUGCAUCUUGGCGCGGGGUCUCUUCCCAGAGCUCCGCCUACCUCUACAGCUAACCGAGCGAAUUGUUUUCCUCUAGCGGAGAGGUUUUCACUUUGCCUCAUUUGUUUACUUUAAGUCACUCGCCACUGACACGCUUCUUUCGCACAUACGUGGCAAUCUAGUGGAGUCUAAUCAGAGGUGCUGCUUCUAAUCCCAGAAUAACGGAUUGUUGGGCAAUCAUCUGGAAACUUGUGCUUGCUGUGGGUCUUGCAGCUCUCACGAGUAUGAGUUCAUAAUGAAACGACGUCUGGAGGAUCAGGAAACUGUUUUUGCGCCCCAGCAUCGGCGCCUUCCUGGCAACGUGGAGGCUUUCCAGCACCGUGCCCUGGCUCCAGCUCCAGCUGUGUAUGACGCCGUAGGUGACAACAUGCAGCCCACAGCUGGCGUGCAGUACUCAGUCCCUCAGGGGUACCAAGUUCCUCCUGUAACCCAGAACAGUGUUGGGCAUGGGCACGCUCCAAUUCCAGCAGUCCACGCUGGACCCCUCCACCACGGCGCAGCCGCUCAGCCCCACGGGCCCCCGGUAAUGUCGGGACACGGACACACAGCAGCUACCCAAGCCUCCGCACAGGGCCACCAGCAGUUCCAGAGACUCAAGGUGGAAGAUGCUUUAUCAUACCUGGAUCAAGUGAAACUACAGUUUGGCAAUCAGCCUCAGGUCUACAAUGACUUUUUAGACAUAAUGAAGGAGUUCAAGUCCCAAAGCAUCGACACUCCUGGGGUCAUCAGCAGAGUGUCGCAGCUCUUCAAAGGCCAUCCUGAUCUCAUCAUGGGCUUCAACACUUUUCUUCCUCCAGGCUACAAGAUUGAGGUCCAGACUAACGACCUGGUUAACGUGACAACGCCUGGUCAGAUCCACCACAUCACUCCUCACGGUAUUUCAGUCCAGAACAUCCCUAUAACAGGAGCCAGCACCCAGCAUCAGCCCCAACUCCCCUCUGCUGCCAUCACCAUGGCGCCGCCUCUUCAACCACAGCAUACCACCGCAAAGAUCAGCAAGCCUGUCCAGCCCCAGGCAUUAACGACGAGCAGCCAGACCAAUCCGUCCAUCCCAGCACACACCUCUCCUCACUCCCCCCCUAUGCAGCUCCACCCACCCCUCAGCGGGACUCCCACCGGCCCACCCAUGCAGAAUAACCAGCCAGUGGAGUUCAACCAUGCUAUCAACUAUGUCAACAAGAUCAAGAACCGCUUCCAGGGCCAGCCGGACAUCUAUAAAGCCUUCCUGGAGAUUCUGCACACAUACCAGAAGGAACAACGUAAUGCUAAGGAGACAGGGGGAAACUACACACCGGCUCUGACAGAACAGGAAGUGUAUGCUCAGGUGGCCAGGCUCUUCAAGAACCAAGAAGAUCUGCUCUCAGAGUUUGGGCAGUUCCUCCCUGACGCCAACAGUUCAGCGAUGCUGAGUAAGACCACAGCUGAGAAGGCAGAGUCUGUGAAGAACGACCACAGUUUCACUUCCAGGAAGGUCCACCACCUCAACAACAAACAGAACAGACCCAAUCAGAACGGCUGCCAGAUCCGUCGCCAGCCAACACCAGGGGGGGGCCCACCCAUCAAGAAGAAGCCCAAGCUACUGAACCUGAAGGAUUUGUCGGGGGCUGACCCGAGCAAACAUGGAAUCAGCACUGAGUCUCUGUUCUUUGAGAAAGUGCGUAAAGCCUUACGGAGCGCUGAGGCUUACGACAGCUUCCUGCGCUGUCUGGUCAUCUUUAACCAGGAGGUGAUUUCCAGAACCGAAUUGGUCCAGUUGGUUCUGCCCUUUCUAGGAAAAUUCCCUGAGCUGUUCAACUGGUUCAAAAUCUUCCUUGGGUACCGGGAAAUGUCCCACAUUGAAACGUACCCCAAGGAACGGGCCACUGAGGGCAUCGCCAUGGAGAUAGACUAUGCUUCGUGUAAGAGGCUCGGCUCCAGCUACAGAGCUCUGCCCAAAAGCUACCAGCAACCCAAAUGCACCGGCAGAACUCCACUUUGUAAGGAGGUCCUGAACGACACCUGGGUCUCCUUCCCCUCCUGGUCUGAGGACUCCACUUUUGUCAGCUCCAAGAAGUCUCAGUACGAGGAGCACAUCUACCGCUGUGAAGAUGAGCGCUUUGAGCUGGACAAUGUGCUGGAAACCAACCUGGCCACCAUCAGAGUGCUGGAGGCGGUGCAGCGGAAGCUGUCCCACAUGUCUGCCGAGGAGCAGGCCAAGUUUCGCCUGGACAACACGUUGGGUGGGUCAUCAGAGGUGAUCCACCGCAAAGCCAUUCAGAGGAUAUAUGGAGACAAGGCUGCUGACAUCAUCGAUGGUCUGAGGAAAAGCCCAGCUGCCUCUGUCCCCAUCGUCUUAAAAAGGUUAAAAACUAAAGAGGAGGAGUGGCGAGAAGCCCAGCGAGGCUUCAACAAGAUUUGGAGGGAGCAGAACGAGAAGUAUUACCUCAAAUCUCUGGACCAUCAAGGGAUCAACUUCAAGCAAAACGACACCAAAGUGCUGCGGUCCAAGUACUUGCUGAAUGAAAUAGAAAGCAUCUACGAUGAGCGCUCAACUCUUCUGCAUUGGUGCUUGAGCGUCAGCUCUGAAGAUGUUUGCAGUCGCAAACAAAACGUCAGCAAGCGUCAAGAGCAGGUGUCUGAGGAGAACGCCGCCCCCCUCACCGGCCCCCACCUGACACUAGCCUAUGAGGACAGCCAGAUCCUAGAGGAUGCCGCAGCUCUCAUUAUCCACCAUGUAAAGCGCCAGACCAGCAUUCAGAAGGAGGACAAGUACAAGAUCAAACAGAUCAUCUACCACUUCCUCCCCGACCUGCUCUUCUCUCAGCGUGGCGAGCUGUCCGACCUGGAGGAUGAGGAGGAGGAAGAGGAGGAGGAGGUGGAGCUGGAGGAGGGGGCAUCCAAAAAGCACAACGGCAUCUCCGGUAGGGCAAGCCCCUCUAAGUCCAAGCUGCUAUUCAGCAACAUGGCGGCACAGAAGCGGCAUGAUUGUGAUGACGCCUACAACAUCUUCCUGGUCAACAACAACUGGUACAUCCUCCUGCGGCUGCACCAGACGCUCUGCUCACGCCUGCUGCGGCUCUACGAGCAGGCCGAGCGGCAGAUGGAUGACAGUGUUCGGGAGCGGGAUUGGGAGAAGGAAGUCCUGGGCCUCAAGAAGGAGAAAAGCGACAAGCCAGCAAUCCAGCUCCGGCUGAAGGAGCCCAUGGACAUUGAAGUGGAGGAUUACUACUCAGCCUUCCUGGAGAUGGUGCGUAACCUGCUGGAUGGGAACAUCGAAGCUUGCCAGUAUGAGGACUCUCUGAGGGAGAUGUUCACCAUCCACGCCUACACCGCCUUCACCAUGGACAAGCUCAUCCAGAGCAUUGUCCGCCAGCUCCAGCACAUCGUCAGCGACGAGAUCUGCGCCCGGGUGACAGACCUCUACCUGUCAGAGAGCACCAACGGGGCGACAGGAGGAUCAGUGUCCACGCAGCCUUCCAGGAACUCUGCAGAGGCAAUCUACCAGCGGAAAGCCGAACAGCUCAUGUCUGAUGAGAACUGCUUCAAGGUGACGGUCACGAGGAACAGAGGGCAAGUGCAGCUCACCGUGGAGCUGCUUGACACAGAAGAAGAGAACUCAGACGAGCCCAUGGAGGCAGAGCGCUGGUCCGAUUACGUUUGCCGCUACCUAAACCCAGACUCCACCACCCCUGAGCUAAGGGAGCACCUGGCACAGAAGCCCGUGUUCCUGCCCAGAAACCUGAGACGGAUCCGAAAGUACCAGACUGGCAGAGAGCAGAUGGACAAGGAAGCCUGUGGGGGAGGCAAGAAGUCCCUGGAGAAGGAGAAGAUGGAGUGUAUGUUCAAACUCAACUCCUACAAGAUGGUGUACGUCUUCAAGUCUGAGGACUACAUGUACCGCCGCACCGCCCUGAUGAGAGCCCAGCAGUCACACGAGAGGGUGAGCACUCGGCUACACAAACGCUUCCAGGCCUGGCUGGAGACCUGGAUCAAGGAGAACGUGACCCGGGACAUGAGCGCCGACACCAACAAGUGGCUGAUGGGUGAAGGACGCGACGGCCUUCUGCCCUGCUGCACCACCCGCCACCCGGAGCUCCUCCACUUCAUGAACAUCAACAAGUACCGGGUCAAAUACAGCCCAUCGAGCAAGACGCCAUAGCCGUGGCUCAGUUUUACUGCAGGGGUGGGGUGUAAGGUGUUUUUAGGGCCAGCAUGGGAGCAUCGUGUGUGUUGCAUCCGGGCGACAGGAUUAAAGAUUUCUCUUGUAACCAGCAUUUUCAGCUGGGCGCGUUUCCACAGGGCCUCUCGGUGCCAAAACCUAGGAUUGGUCCAGUUCCAGUCGGAGAACCGAGCUCUUCCAGCACUCAGAGCCACGUCGCUAAGCUUCCUCCAGCUAGCCCGGGAAGAGAGGGAGAGUGGUGCUUUUUCUGCUUGGAUCACACCUGAGCUUCGUUCUUAUGUAAACCCAUCAGAGCUCCACCACAGCAAGUCCAGGAUCUGUUCUGUGGCAUUUAGGGAAAACCAUGGGACAGACAAGUGCACUUAUUCAGGAGGACGGUUUAGGGGUCGCUUCCUUCACAACGAGAUCUGGUCCUUGUGGCUAACUCGCAUCACACAGGACGAGGAAGGUGUUCGUUACUCCCAAACAUGGCAGCAUUAUUAGGAACU